UAUCUGCUACGGCCAGUUGACGGACGCCGCUGCGGGUCUCUGGCGGGCAUUUUUAGCUCCUCUUUCUUGUUCCCGGUGCUUCUGAGUCUUCGGGAAGCGGUCGGGCCACGCAUCAUGACGUCCGCGUUGGAAAAUUACAUCAACCGAACUGUAGCUGUGAUCACCUCUGAUGGGAGAAUGAUUGUGGGAACAUUGAAAGGUUUCGACCAGACCAUAAAUUUGAUUUUGGAUGAAAGCCAUGAACGAGUAUUCAGCUCUUCACAGGGAGUGGAACAAGUGGUAUUAGGGCUGUACAUUGUGAGAGGUGACAAUGUUGCAGUCAUUGGAGAAAUUGAUGAAGAGACAGAUUCUGCACUCGAUUUGGGGAACAUUCGAGCAGAGCCUCUAAACUCUGUAGCACAUUGAGGAAAAAACUACACAUUGGACCUCUGUAAAUCUUUGUACAUAAACUGAUUAUUUUGAGGAUAUUGUGGAAACUUUUUAUGAAUGUGUAAUUGUGGGUUUUGACUUUGUAUUGAUUCAUUGUAAUAUAACAUGUAAAUUAAAAUAUUUCUACUUUUUA